CAUCGGCGUCUGGUCCAGGAAAUCCACGGAGAAAACAGAUGACAACCAUUUAAUUAGCUAGCUGUUUAGAGUUAUGCUUGGCCACCCAAUUAAGACCAAGUGGUGUGGAGAAUGCAAGCUAGGAGACAACAAAUAGGUGAGAUAGAGAGUGAGAGCAGGUUCCAUGGAGUGGACGACGUUGCAUCACCUGGAUCUGCGAUAUGUCGCUCGAGGCAUCACCAAGCCCUUGCAGCCUCACGCCGCCACCUUUCACCCUACUCAGGCUCUCGUCGCAGUUGCAAUUGGAAGCUACAUCAUCGAAUUUGAUGCGUUAACCGGAAGCAAGUUGUCUACCAUCAAUAUUGGCUGCCCGGUGGUUCGAAUGUCUUACAGUCCAACGGGCGGCCAUGCUGUGAUCGCCAUCCUUGAGGAUUGUACGGUACGAUCUUGUGAUUUUGAUGCUGAACAAACAUGUGUCUUACAUUCACCUGAAACAAAUAUGGAGCGAAUUACUUCUGAUGCUGAAGUCCAUUUUGCGUUGACACCUCUUCAGCCAGUUGUAUUUUUUGGUUUUCAGAAAAGAAUGAGUGUAACAGUUGUUGGGACGGUUGAAGGUGGGAAGGCACCGACAAAGAUAAAGACAGACUUGAAAAAACCAAUUAUGAAUCUUGCUUGUCAUCCUCGGCAUCCUGUUCUGUAUGUAGCAUAUGCAGAAGGCGUGAUACGAGCUUACAACAUUCAUACGUAUGCUGUUAGUUACACGCUACAACUUGAUAAUACCAUUAGGCUUGUUGGUGCUGGUGCUUUUUCAUUUCACCCAAUGCUGGAAUGGAUUUUUAUUGGUGAUAGACGUGGUACACUUCUCGCGUGGGAUGUAUCAACUGAGAGACCUAUCAUGAUUGGAAUUACGCAGGUGGGUUCUCAACCAAUCUCAUCAAUUGCUUGGCUCUCAACGCUACGUUUACUUGUCACACUCUCCAGGGAUGGUAUUCUACAUGUGUGGAAAACACGGUCGACAGUUAAUCCUAAUAGACCUCCAAUGCAAGCAAACUUCUUUGAAUCUGCUUCAAUUGAAUCCCUGGACAUUCCUCAAAUUCUCUCUCAGCAGGGUGGUGAAGCAGUUUAUCCCUUGCCACAAAUUAGAGUUUUAGAAGUUCAUCCAAAAUUAAAUUUAGCAGCUCUGCUGUUUGCAAAUGUGGCAGGGAGUGAUAAUUGGAAAAAUAGAGCAGCAUACACCAGGGAAGGAAGGAAACAGCUCUUCGCAGUUCUGCAAAGUGCCAGAGGGUCUUCAGCCUCUGUUUUAAAGGAGAAGCUUUCAUCCAUGGGUUCUUCUGGAAUUUUGGCUGAUCAUCAGCUUCAAGCACUACUGCAAGAGCACCACCUCAAAGGCCAAAGUCAGCUAACAAUUUCAGAUAUUGCCCGGAAGGCAUUCCUUUAUAGUCAUUUUAUGGAAGGCCAUUCCAAGAGUGCUCCAAUAUCAAGAUUGCCUCUCAUCACUAUUAUAGAUGCUAAAGAUCAUCUAAAGGAUAUUCCCAUUUGCCAGCCAUUUCACCUGGAGCUCAAUUUCUUCAAUAAGGAGAACCGAGUUCUUCAUUAUCCUGCGAGAGUCUUUUAUGUUGAUGGCUUGAACCUCAUGACCCAUAGUCUCUCUUCUGGAGCAGAUAGCAUUCACAAGAAACUUUACACAUCAAUUCCUGGGAAUGUGGACUAUCAUCCUAAGCAUAUAGUUUAUAGUAAAAGGCAUCAUCUGUUUCUAGUUGUUUAUGAAUUCAGCGGCACAACAAAUGAAGUGGUUCUUCAUAAGGAAAAUACUGAUUUACAGUUGCCUAAUAGUAAAUCCAGCACUAUUAAAGGUUGUGAUGCAGCAUUCAUUGGCCCCAGUGAAAAUCAGUUUGCUAUUCUUGAUGAUGACAAGACUGGGCUGGCUCUGUAUAUUCUUCCAGGGGUGGCUUCACAAGAGGCUGAAGUGAAAAAGGGAGCAGCUGAACCAAAUCCGUUAUCUGAUCAAUCUAGUGACACCAAUGUUGGUUCAGUUCGAGGUCCUCUGCCAUUUAUGUUUGACACAGAAGUCGAUCGCAUCUUUUCCACUCCCAUAGAGUCCACUUUGAUGUUUGCUUCUAAUGGAAGCCAGAUUAGCUUGGCAAAGUUGGUUAAAGGAUAUCACCUUUCACGUUCAGAUGGGCAUUAUAUAUCAACUAAAGCUGAAGGGAGAAAGUCAAUCAAGUUAAAAACAAAUGAAAUUGUGCUGCAGGUGCACUGGCAAGAAACUCAGAGAGGCUAUGUUGCAGGAGUAUUAACUACUCAGAGGGUACUUAUAGUUUCAGCAGAUCUUGACAUACUAGCAAGCAGUUACACAAAGUUUGAUAAAGGACAUCCUUCAAUAUCCUUACACAGCAAUAUUAGCAUUAAUAAUUCCAGUGCCCAGGACUUUGGGCAGAGAACCAUUCUUUUUCCUCAUAUUAAGGUGUUCAUGAAAAAUGGCAGCAUCAUUUGGGUGCAUACCUUGAUGUACGUUUAUCUGUAUGUAUGGUUGAGAAUAAUAAAUUUGUGUGAAUGCUUAACUCAUUUGCACUUUAGAUCCCUUUUGUGGGUUGGGCCAGCACUUCUCUUUUCUACUGCCACAGCAAUUAGUGUGCUAGGAUGGGAUGGAAAAGCUAGAACCAUACUAUCCAUUAGUAUGCCAUACGCAGCUCUGGUUGGUGCCUUGAAUGAUAGAUUAUUGCUCGCCAAUCCUACAGAUAUAAGUCCCAGACAAAAGAAGGGGGUUAAGAUUAAGAGCUGUCUGGUUGGGCUUCUUGAACCUCUUCUUAUUGGAUUUGCCACAAUGCAACAACAUUUUGAGCAGAAGCUUGAUCUGUCUGAAAUAUUGUACCAAAUAACGUCAAGGUUUGAUAGCUUGCGUAUCACUCCAAGAUCUCUUGAUAUUCUGGCUAGAGGUCCUCCUGUCUGUGGAGAUCUUGCUGUAUCAUUGUCCCAAGCAGGCCCGCAGUUCACUCAGGUGCUGCGUGGAGUCUAUGCAAUCAAAGCACUUCGAUUUUCUACUGCUUUAUCAGUUUUGAAGGAUGAAUUCUUGCGUUCCAGAGAUUAUCCAAAGUGUCCUCCAACAUCUCAUUUGUUCCACCGGUUCCGGCAACUUGGAUAUGCCUGUAUCAAGUAUGGCCAGUUUGACAAUGCGAAAGAAACUUUCGAAGUUAUUUUGGACUAUGAAAGCAUGCUUGAUCUGUUUAUAUGCCACCUCAACCCCAGUGCAAUGCGUCGUCUUGCUCAGAGGUUGGAAGAAGAAGGUGGUGAUUCAGAACUGAGGCGAUAUUGUGAAAGGAUUUUAAGAGUUCGUUCCAGUGGAUGGACACAAGGCAUCUUUGCAAACUUUGCAGCUGAAAGUAUGGUUCCUAAAGGUACUGAAUGGGGUGGUGGGAACUGGGAGAUUAAGACGCCUACAAACUUAAAGAGCAUACCUCAAUGGGCACUUGCUGCAGAAGUGGUGCCAUAUAUGAAGACUGAUGAUGGUGCUAUUCCAUCUAUUAUUAUGGAUCAUAUUGGCGUUUACCUUGGCUCAAUUAAAGGAAGAGGUAAUAUUGUUGAAGUAAGGGAAGAUAGCUUGGUCAAACCCUUUAUAUCUGCCAGUGGUGACAAUAAGCCAAAUGGAAUGCCUCCUUCUCUGAUCAAAUCUGUGGACAAGUCCCAGGGUGUAACAAAAAAUGGUGUUUCCAAGAGUGUUCCCUUGACGGGUCUGGAAACUCCAACUAAAACUGCUGCAGAUGAACAGGCAAAAGCUGCAGAAGAGUUUAAGAAAACUAUGUAUGGCCCUGCUGAUGAUGGUAGCAGCAGUGAUGAGGAGGGAGUUCCAAAGACUAAAAAGUUACAGAUUAGAAUACGAGACAAGCCAAUUACUUCACGUAUGGUGGACGUCAAUAAGAUUAAAGAAGCAACAAAACAGUUGAAACUUGAUGGAUUGGCCCCACCCAUGAGGACUAGGUCAUUGGCUGAUUCUCAGGACCUUGGUCAGAUUCUACAACAACCUUCUGCAACUACUGCUGAUACUAUGACUACUACUGUUUCUGCCUCUGCUGAUCCAUUUGGUACUGACUCGUGGGCACAACCUGCAUUAGCAUCACAUCCAGCUCCAGUGGUUCAAGGUGGGGGAGUUGCUGCUGGACCUAUCCCAGAGGACUUCUUUGAGAAUACAAUACCAUCCCUCCAGGUUGCAGCCUCAUCACUUCCUGCUGGGACAUACCUUGCGAAGUUGGAUCAAACCUCUCAAGGCAUUGAAGGCAGUGAAAAGGUUAUGUCUAACCAAGUAAAUGCACCCACGGCUGUUGUUGGCCUUCCUGAUGAUGGUGGGGUUCAGCCUCUAGCCAGUGGACAGCAAAUUCCUUUUGAUUCUAUUGGGCUGCCAGAUGGUGGUGUUCCACCACAACCCUCUGGUCAGGCUGCUGUGAUGCCCCAGCCUCAUGUUCAACCUACUCAGAUGUUCCAGCCUCAGGUUCAACCUGCUCAAAUGCCUCUAUCAACACAGCCUCUUGAUCUUAGUGCACUGGGAGUUCCGAUUCCUUCAGAUUCAGGAAAACCUAUUCCUAAUCCUGCUUCUCCACCGGUCGCUGUGCGCCCAGGACAGGUUCCACGUGGGGCCCCUGCUUCUGUAUGUUUCAAGACUGGACUUGCUCACCUUGAGCAGAAUCAACUUCCAGAUGCGUUAUCCUGUUUUGAUGAAGCUUUUCUUGCACUAGCUAAGGAUCAAUCUCGAGGAGCUGAUAUUAAAGCUCAAGCAACUAUUUGUGCCCAGUACAAGAUAGCAGUGACUCUUCUUCAGGAAAUUGCACGGCUGCAGAAAGUCCACGGUUCAAGUGCAAUCAGUGCAAAAGACGAGAUGGCAAGACUAUCAAGACAUCUGGGUUCUUUGCCUCUUCAGACAAAGCACCGAAUAAAUUGCAUUCGCAGUGCCAUAAAAAGAAACAUGGAGGUUCAAAAUUAUGGUUAUACCAAACAGAUGCUUGAACUCCUCUUGUCCAAGGCACCUCCAAGUAAGCAAGAAGAGCUGAGGAGCCUGAUUGACAUUUGUGUUCAAAGGGGUUUAACCAAUAAAUCUAUUGAUCCUCAAGAAGACCCCUCACAGUUCUGUGCUGCUACACUAAGUCGUCUGUCAACUAUUGGAUAUGACGUCUGUGAUCUCUGUGGGUCCAAAUUUUCAGCUCUCUCGGCACCCGGAUGUAUUAUCUGUGGUAUGGGAAGCAUUAAAAGAUCAGAUGCUCUUGCUGGACCUGUUCCUUCCCCAUUUGGCUGAUAAUUUUCUAGGUUAUCAAUUUCUCUAGAAAGUCGUCCCUAAUCGUUUUAGUACCUCCCCAAACCCAACAAGAUGACUUCUCACUACCUCCAUAGGAAAGGGGAAUGCUGAUUUUUCUUGUUCCAGCCCCAUCCAAGCGUCAUCUGACCACUCAUUAUAGAGACGAAACUAGCAGCAACCAGCAACUCCAUUAGGGUUGAGUAUUGUACUCAGUUCUUGACGGCGGCGCAAUUUCCUCGCUUUACCUUCAUCUUGCACACCGUAACGAAUGGUUCGAGACUGUUGAUCAAAAAACAAAUAGUUAGAGACAACCCUGCAUGUACAGACCCUGACAUUAACAGCUAACGGAUGGCAUUCUGAAAAGUCAGGUGAUAAUUGAAUUAUCACGGUCAAAAGCGGUCAAAAGGCAGUCUGUAAUAUGUUCUGCUAAACCUCUGACUCGCCUUUUAUCAGGCUUGCUUCGUCAUCUGUCAGGGAAUGGGUUAUGAAGUUUGAAUGUUCCAAGAUUUUUCUCCUUGGGCUAGUGGCUUCCUGUCCUUUACUUCU